CUGUGACGUCAGAGUUCGAGAGAGAAGCUACAGCUGAGAUUUCGCUGGCUAUGUUUACAAAAGUUAAUGGUGGUAGUGGAGGAGUAGUGAGCAUUGUGGUUGAGGUAUUUAAUGAUACCUUGAUGGAUAUCGUUUGAGACUUCGAAAACGAAAUUAAAGUGGAUUCAAAAAAGUCGCAUUUGAAGCAAGCCUGGCAUCGAGUGCAGAUUCCGACGACGGUGGAGUAUCUCCCCCACCCUUAAAAAAACAGCGCCUUUCUGCAGUCAGUACUAACAUGCAAGCCAGUAAUGGUUGUCACAAUGGUGAAUCAGCUUCAACUAGCAAUGACUUGCAAAACGGUACUUGUACUUUCGAAGACAGUGUGGAAGUUAACGGAGACGUACACAAGACGAUACCCUCAAAGAUAAGAUCCCAAACAGACCAGGAUAUAAUACGUCUAAUUGGUCAGCAUCUUCGUGGGUUAGGUUUGAAUCGUACAGCUGAACAGUUGAUGAAGGAAUCGGGAUGUAGACUGGAUCAUCCUUCUGCAGCCAAAUUUCAGGCUCAUGUGAUGGAUGGUGACUGGCCAAAGGCUGAAGCAGAUCUUGGGGAUUUAAAACCACUUCUUGAAACUCAACAUUCCUUAAUUGAAAUGAAAUUUUUAUUAUUGGAACAAAAAUAUCUAGAGUAUCUUGAAGAUGGCCAUGUCCUGGAAGCGCUGCAGUGUCUACGACAUGAGUUGACUCCUUUGCGGUUUAAUACAAAUAGAGUACAUGAGCUCAGUAGCUAUAUGAUGUGUAGCACUGGUGAUGAACUGAGGCGUAUGUCACAUUGGGAUGGCAAAGGAACUGCAUCACGACAAAAAUUAAUGGAAAAGUUGCAAGCAUUUUUACCUCCUUCUGUUAUGUUACCUCCAAGAAGGCUGCAAACACUUUUGCAUCAAGCUGUAGAGCUCCAGAAAGAUAGAUGCCCUUACCAUAAUUCAAAGUCAGAAAGUAAUUUGGAGAAUGUGUCUCUGCUUAUUGAUCAUACAUGUACAAAUAGGGAACAGUUCCCAUGUGAAACUGUCCAAGUUCUCAAAGAUCACUGUGAUGAAGUUUGGUUUUGUCGCUUUUCAAACGAUGGCAGAAAACUAGCUACCGGUUCCAAAGAUACUACAGUUAUCAUCUGGGAUGUUAAUCCUGAAACGCUAGAGUUGAAUCAUCGAAGAACAUUUGAAGGACAUCCUGGAGGUGUAUCAUUCCUUGCUUGGAGUCCUGAUGAUACAUAUCUUAUAGCUUGUGGUCCCGAUGAUUCAUCAGAUUUAUGGGUUUGGAAUAUUGAGACUGGAGGUCUUAAAGUUAAAAUGAACCAUUCACCUGAAGAUAGCCUAACUACAUGUGCCUGGCAUAAAGAUGGGAAAAAGUUUGUUUGUGGUGGAACUAGAGGACAAUUCUAUCAAUGUGAUUUGGAAGGUAAUGUAUUAGACUCUUGGGAAGGUGUUCGUAUUCAAUGCCUUUGGUGCAGAAAGGAUGGUAAAACUGUUCUUGCUGCUGACACACAUCAUCGCAUUAGAGGAUAUAAUUUUGAAGAACUAAGUGAUUUUAAUAUACUGCAAGAAGGUCAUUCAGUUAUGUCUUUCACAUGUGAUGAAUCUGGAAGAAUGGCCUUACUAAAUGUUGCUACUCAGGGUGUUCAUUUAUGGGAUAUUGAAGACAGAAUUUUAGUCCGAAAAUUUCAAGGUGUCACUCAAGGUUAUUAUACCAUUCAUUCGUGUUUUGGUGGAGUAAAUCAAGUUUUCAUAGCUAGUGGUAGUGAAGACAAUAAAGUAUACAUAUGGCACAUCAAAAGAGAAAUGCCAAUAGCAGUUCUGCUAGGCCAUACACGCACCGUAAAUUGUGUCUCUUGGAAUCCGACCUACCCAAGCAUGUUAGCCAGUGCCUCAGAUGAUGGAACUGUUAGAAUUUGGGGACCUGCCGAGAGGUAUCGUUCAAGCAGUAAAGGACAAUCUUUAAGUAUAUCGAACACAAAUGUAUAGCCUAACGUUAAUGUAGGAACCUUUGUGUGUAUUUAAUCAUUGGUGGCAGAGAACUUCCCAAAGGCCUUGUUUGAAACCUGUGCAUCAUCUGUUUUAUCACCAGAAAGAUGAACUGGAACAAAAUAAAAGUAUGACAUCCCCCCUGAGACAUUUUCUUUGUUCUGUCUUGGAAAUGAGGUGAUGCAAGGAACUGCCAAGGAAUAUGUAGCUACCUGUGUGCAGGUUUGGCUCUGAGCAAAGAGUUAUUGUGCCUAUGUUAUGAAAUAUUUCACGAUAUUGUCAUGCUUGAGAAUGCCCAAAGUCUGGUAGUAAAUUCAGUUGGUGUGUGACAUGAAACUCAGUUUGAAAUGCUAGUUAUCUUUGUAUUCUUUCAUUUAAUGCAGUUUGUAAAUAUUACUGUUUAUUUUUUUUUUCCUUAUAGAAAAAUAUUCUGUGUUAUUGUUGUGUUCUUAUAAUUUUUGCAAAAUAUAUAGUAUUGUUUUAUUAACUUUUCCGUGUACUGGGUAUUAGAAAAAGAUUAAAGAAAAUAAACUUUUAAACUUUCAUUACAUUUAGCUGUGGUCACAAAAUAUAAAAUGAGAAUUAAGUUAUCAUUGUUGUAUUUUUCAUGAAUAUAUUUCUUAGCAAAUGAUAUGAAUGCGUAUAAACUUCGUAGUGUCAAAAGUAGUAUAUAAACUUAAAUAAUCUGGUCAUUACAUGAUGUGCUAAAAUUUUUCUUCUUUAAGUUUUAACUAACAGUGUUAAAUAAUGUGUAGAAAUAAAUUUGUGCAAGGUUAUAUAAAAGGUAAAUAUGCAACGAAUUCUUUUCUAUCAUGAUAAAUAUCUGGCUAAAGUACCUAAUAGAAAUGUUCAGAAAAUUUUUGCAAAUGGUACCCUCCGCAUGCUUUAUGUAUUAAAAAGUGUUAAUAGUAAUUAAACUUUGCAAAUAAUUGUAUUAAUUUAACCAAUAAAGUAAAUAAUAAAAAAGAUGAUAUUUCUUUCUUAAAUUUUCACACCAUUGUUAUUACCAACUUUGAGCAUUUCUUAAAUAAUGACUAAGUAGAUGAAAUUAUCAACUAUAAGUUACUCCUGUGACUGAUGCAAAAUGAAAAUAAGUGGUUGUUAGACAAGUGUAUUAUUGGUGAUUGUGUAAUCAAAGAUUUAAAAUAUUUUCUCAUUAAUGUGUUUGUCUUUAAAAUAUGAGAAAAGUAUUUGGAUUUUAUGUAAUAAUAAAUCUUUUAUACAGUCAUGAGAUAUAUGUUUAGAGUGUAAGAGUUUUUGAAAUAAUUAUUGUAAUAUAAUAUUUUGUUUGAAUUUUAUGAUUAUUUUUCUUUCAAAGAGAGAAGCCUUCAUUUGAAAAAAUAUUUAUUUAACAAUAUCUUUGAAAGAUUCCAAGCAUAUUAUAGGUAGACUUAAAUUAUUGCUCUAACAAAUUUUUCAUUUUUAACAAUAUUCAUUCCUAGUUUUUAAGUUUAGUUAAGAAUUUUGGUCUCAUGAAUAAUAUAUUUUAUACUGUUACAAUUAUUUUUAAAUAAAAAGCGCUUAUGUGAAAUAAUUUGUUUCUUAAUUUUUGAAUAUUUCAUUUUAAAAAAACUUGUAAAUAUUAUUUUACACUAUAGAACUUCUAAUUCAUAACUGUACAGCUUUGGAGUUUUUUAAAUGCAAAUUAUGCACUUUAACAAAAUUAGUAAAUGCCUUAGUGCCAUGAAACUUGUAACUUGCAUAAUUUAUUUUCAUCUACUGGUGAUCUUUUUUAUCAGUUUACAUAUAAAUCUAUGCAAUAUUAAAUGCUUCUCUUUCAAAAUUGACGUGUUUUUGUCAGUUUGCAAAUAAUAUAAAAUGCUGCCUCUUAAAAUUUCAAAAGGAAUUUGGAAACUUUUAAAAAGUUUCACAGAUAUCAAAUAAUUUUAAAAAAGUUUUUUUAAAGAAUUUAUCAUUAUGGUACAAGAUUCAUAUUACUCCAUGACAUUAGUCCUUUCAAAGGUUGCAAAAGGUCAACUUUUGCAUCCAUAAUUAAGUAAUUUGAAAUAUUUUCCCCUCCCUUAGUAAACAACUUGUCAGCAAUUUUUUUUCAUUUACAAUGCAUUCAUAUUCAAAAGUGUAAAGUUAUUUUCUAAAUUUGUAAUGCACAUUCUAGCAGGGAGAUGUAUAAUAUUAAUCAUUACAUUUUAAACUUCAAAACAUUCUCAAUUCUGUUCUGAAAAAUUGCAUUUUAGUAGCAUUUGAAAAAUUAAAAAAUACAGCUUGCCGAUGACAUAUAGAAUUAUCGUAAAACAACUGGCGAAGUAAAUUUAAAAAGCACACUCGCACGUGUAUGUGUAUACUUUAAGCAAAUGUUUGCUAUCUGUGAUGCAAUUAUUUGGAUAAAGCCCUAUUGUAAUCCUACAGUUUUAUCAUUCUGUUUUGGCCAUGUUUUGAGGAUUGUUUAAUGUUUCUAGUAAAAUUUGAAUGAGCACUUUUUCUCAGAAUGCUCAAAAUAAAUAAUUUGUUUAUGCAAUUAAACAGAUAGGUUUGCUUAGCAUUUUCAGCAUACUUAUAGAAUAUUUAUUGAUGGUACUUUUUAAAAUUUUAUUGUUAAAUAUUUUAUACCCUAUAAAAUUAUGAAUUUGAAAAAUUAAAGGAAGACAAUUUAACAGAUCAGAAACUUGAAUGUUGGUACUUUUAUUUUUUAAUAUGGCUACUUUUAUUUUAAAUUUGAUCACAGCUUUAUAUUCAGCAUUAUCCAGUUCACUUUUUUUCUGAUAAUAAAAUAGAUGUAAAAAAUUUAUUGAUUUUGAUUGCAGGACUUACUUUUAAAAGUGUUUGAAAUGCAAAAUGUUACUUUCUAUAAUGAUUUGAUUUUGUUUUUGUCCUUAAAGAAAAUUCCAUAAAGCUUUUUUCAUGUUCAAGUUUUUGAAUGCUGAACUGAAAGGAUAAAUCCAUUUACUAAAUUAUUAGUUUUAUUCAUCAUAUUUUAUUUUGUGUGUUUUGUAAACUUUGAAGGACAGUAUGCUUAUUUUAAAUAUCAGCAUUUAAUAGAAUAUUUGAGACUUGUAGCCACCUCUUUUUUCAGUUACAGUUUUAAAUUGAUAAUGGAAAUUUAAAUAAAAUUUUCUAAAAAAAUUUCAGUGUAAAAAAUUUUUAUGUUCUGAAAGCAGUUUCUUCUGGCACACAAAAUGUUUUUUUUUUUUUUUUUUUUUUUUUUUUUCCCCCAGCUAUGCAAAAAUUUUAAUGUAUGUGUAAUUGUUUAUUAGGAUAUUGAAAUUCUUAUGAUGAUAUUUUUUCUUAGGCCUUUUCUAAGUAUUUUAAAGACCACAGGAAGCUUCAGUUCCACAGUACAAAAUGAGAUAGUCAUUUAUAUUUAAAUGUUUUGCUAAUUAAUUGUUUUACUAGCAAAGCUGACUACCAAAAUUUAUGUAUUUGUUUAUUAAAUAAAGUAACUAGCACUGAGAAUCAGUAUGUAAAUAAUUGUAAAAUAAUUUAAAUAGUAAUUUUUAUGUAUGUAUACAGUCAGUUAUGGAGUAUUUCUUUUAAAUAUACUAGAUGAGUUACAGAAUAUAGUACUUUUAAUUGUUUGCUUAAAAUGCUUUGUAAGAGAAACUGAAUUGAUCAAAAUAUCUUAAGAUGCACUUUUUGUACUUGUAUUUCAUUUAAAUUGUACACAUCUGAAGGAAAAAAUAGUUUAUUAAAAACACUGUGUAACUUGUUAUUAAAAUUAUAAAUUUGUGUUUCAUAAAUUAUAGUAAUUUUUCAUAACUUGAAAAUUGUAGUUAUUUUUACUCUUGAAUGUAAAUAAUUUAUAUUUUCCUUUGUCUUGCUAUUCUAUUUAAAAGCUCACAUGGUACCAUUCAUCUGCAACUUAACAUUUUAUGUAUAUUAAAUUAAGAACAAUGUCCUUUAAUGUAAAACUUCUCAAAAUAUCUUUCACCUAUGCACUGUUUAUGUAUGAUUAUAGCCACCAGAACUGUGUUCAAAAUCUGAAUUUGAAGGUUAGUAAACAUUGCUCAAAUACUUUAGUUUAUGCAAAUGUGAUUUUUAUGAAUUUAAGUCUAUAGUAAUCUUCGUUUUAAGAUGGUAAAUAUUACAUUUUAAAAAUAACUUAAGCAUUUUCAGAUUAUUUGUGCCAUUUUAAAAGCAAUAAAAAAUUUUAAAAAAUGAAAGAAAUCUUAAAUUUUUUCAGAAUUGUGCCUAAAACAGCCAAAAAGUGCCCUUAAGUCUUUCUGUGAAAGAUAUAAUUAUUACUUAUAUAAUGUAUUUUAUUUUCUUAAAGUUAUUUUUAUUCCAAAAAAGUUUUUUAUAAAAAAAUUCAAUUUUUGAAAGAAUUUAAACAAUUUUUCAUUUUUUUCUUGAAGUCCUUAUUGUUUUUCCCAGGAAAAUUAAUUCUUUUUAAAAUUUUUGCUGCAGCUGUAUUUUAAUUUAUAUACUCUGAAAUCUGCAUUUUAAACUGUUAUUAAAUAAAUACAAGUAUCAUUUGAAUAUGCACUGCAGUAUAUUUGUCUUUCUAAGCAGAUAAUUAAUAUGCAAAAUAUAAAGUAACUGAUGCAAGAACUAAAAACAUCCUGUGGGCUUUUAUAGUUUCGUUUUACAAAUUUUAAUUAAGUAAUAUGGUUGUGAUAUUACUGAUUUGAUAUUUAAAGAAACUAAAGUGAACAAAUUCUGCCACUUAAUAUGAAAUAAAUACUAAAAUUUAUUAUUGUAUGGUUAUAUCCAAAGAAUAUAUGGUGUAACCUCCUGUAGUAAGUGACUUCAGAAUUAAAACUGAGUGCAGUACUUUUAUUUAAUGCUUAAUAAUAUUUUUUUACAUAAUAAAAUUGCAUUCUCUUUCUGUAAAAUGUUUGGAUAAAAAAAUGCAACUUGGAGAAAUAUCUCUAAUAAGAUAUUAAAAAAAUGAAUAUGCAAUAAGUUCACAUUAUAUUAUUUGCAUUUGCAAAACAGUUAUGCAAUUUACCCCUAACUUAUGUAAUGUUUGAUUUUUUUUCUUUUAAAAUAAACACUUUUGUACAUAUAAAA